AUAUUUCGUGCAAUUGGCUAUUGAGGGCGCAUGCGAAAAUCCUAUCCGUAAUCCGUAACAUAUGACAACAUGCAUGUGAAUGUACAGUUUAAAGGAGUAUAUAAGAGGUUGUCUAUAUAAUACGUAAUAACAUAAAUGGUGAUAAAUGGCUAAUUUUGCGAAAACGCAACUACUAAAGUACGGUUGGAAAGAAGGAAAGGGACUCGGUAAAAAUGAGAACGGUCUUAAGGAAGCCAUAAAACCGACGUUAAAAUUCGAUAAUGCGGGCAUAGGAUACAACGAAAACAACUCGGAGCACUGGUGGGAAACCUUGUACGAUAAUGCUGCCAAAAAUAUCAAGGUCGACUUGCAUGACAACGAAGUUUCUUUGUCUACAAUUAACAACUCGAAUAUAAUUGAUGCUUGGACUACUGUUUCUUCUAAGAAGAGUAAAAAGACUGAGCAACAAAAAUAUGGAAACUUUUUGAAAACCUCUACUCUUCACAAUGGUUGUUUAAUACAAGAUACUUCUAUGGAGAAGGAAGAAGAGACUGCAAAAGAUUCUAUAUAUAUUCCAUUGACUGAUGAACAGUUAUAUAAAGCAUGUGGUGAUAGAACAGCAAAACCAGCAGGACAUGGUGUCAUGUUAAGUGGAAAACUUGCGAGAAUUGCACAACAAGAUAGAAUAUUUCUAGAUGUUAAUAUUGGUGGUGUAUGUCAACUAGAUGCAAGUUUAGUUAAAAAGAAUACUAUGACUCAUAGAGGGGCAAAUGUAGAAUUAGAUACAGAGGAAAGUGAGGAUCCAGAAGACACUCCGGAAAUGGUUGAUGAUCAAAACACGGAAACAUCGGAAUAUGAAACUAAAGAUUAUAUCAGAUCCAAAAGUGCAAGAAAAAGUCACAAAAAAAGAAUAAAUAAAUUUAUACAGCAAUUUAGUAUUUGUAGUCUGAAAGGAAAAACAGAUUCAGAGUAUAAUUCUCUACAUGAUGAAGAAUUAGCAAGAUUUAAAAAAGAAAAAGAGUGUAAGUCACAAUUAGAUAUAAAAUCGGGAAAGUGUAGCAAGAAAAGAAAGAAAAAUAGGCGAAAGAGAAGUUUUGAACAAGAGGUUCAACGUAAUGCAUAUAAUAUUCUAUAUAAAACAGCAUCUGACAUACAAGAUAAACUGAAGGAUACAACAGAGGAUGUAUAUUUAUCAAAGUCAAAGAAAUCUAGUUUACAACAAAAAAUGUAUAUUUAUCAAAGUCAAAGAAGUCCAGUUAUCUCAAGUUUAAAUAACAUAAAUGAUAAAAUUGAGAAGGAUAUUAGUAAAAUAAUGCUUCCAACAGAUAAGGAGAUAAGAAAUAUGAAUAUUGAACAACAAAUACAAGAGCAGAAAACUACAAGUUGGAAGUAUUUUGAUGUUGGCGAAAGAGAUUUCAAGCCACCAAUGAAAAAAUUCUAUUCACUAUAUUAUGAUAAAUUAGAUACAUCCCCCAAAAUAUCAUUUUAUAAAUCUCUUUCUAUAAGUUCAACUAAAGACCAAUCGCAUAUAAACAAUUCAGAUGAUAAAUUACACAAUAAAGAUAAAAAAAUUAAAAAAAAACACCAGCAGAAACGAGUUAAAAAACAACUAGAGAAAGUUAUCAAUCCAGUAAAUUUUUGUACAGAUGAUUUAAACACUGUAAUAAAAAAGCUAACAACAUUUGAUCUUACAGAAGAGGUAAGUGCAAAUGCAUUCAAAAAAAAGCUCACCCAAACUCAUCUUACACCUGUUUAAAAAAAAUUCAAAAUAGAAUAUUAAAUAAAUUAUUGAGAUUAUUGACAAUUACUGAUUGAAUUGCAUUAUCACAUGUGAAUCUGGAUAAUCUCUGGUACGUUUCCGCUUUUAUACAUUAAAAUAUAAAUCUUAAUAAUGAAAUAUAUGAAAGUCUAAUAUUUAAGAAGGAAAAAUUGUAGUUAUUCAUACAUGACAACACACACACACACAGAACUGAUGAAAAAUGCAAAUAAUAAUAUUUAAUCAUUGCAUCAUUUGUUAUUAUUCAUAUAAUUUCUAUUUUAACGAGAAAUCCAAUCUGUUUUUAUUACUUUUUGUUAUACAUUUUGUGUGCUCAAUUCUUUUGAUCUUUUUAUAUAUAAAGAUGCUAAACAUUAUUAUAUAUCUGUUUUUUCCCUCCAUUAUGUGAAUUUAUGGAAAUUAUAUUAAUCAAAUAAAUGUUUCUGAAAUGUUUACU